GGUGGGAAUGUGAGCAUGAUAAAAGCAAAAAGAGAAGAGUUGCAAUUAGUAAUGAGUCACCAGCAGAAGGAAACACAGACUUCCAGACCACCAUCACCACCUUAGCCAGAUAUUGGGGCUGGCUUUUUUUCUGUUUCUUGCUGCUAGAAAUUCUCCCCCUGAGUCCUCUUUUGAUUCCUUUCCUCCAUAUUUUCUGCUUCUCUGUAGCUGGAUUGUGAGCUUUCCUGGGCAGUUGGGAGUCACCUUGGUGACAGAUGAAGGUUGACCUUUGAUCAACACCCAUGGAAGGAGAGGCUCCUCUUCAGGAUGAACAGAAGCAGCUACAAGCAGGAGCCAACCAAAAAGAGGAUGAUGCAGAUGAUCCUUUUUUUUCCCUUAUACAGGCCCUUCGGAAUCUAGAAGAUGAGGGAAAAGAGAAGGAAGUGAGACUCCAGGGAACACUGCCAGAAAAAGGGGAGGAUGAAAAUGAGAACUGUGGGGAUGGAAAGGAAUCACUGAGACAGAAUCUGGAAGACCAGAGGAUAGACAGAUUUCAGAGAUAUCUGAGCAGUGUUGCCUCUGAAGACGAAAUGGGAAAAACAACAAACAGGAGCAUCAGUGCUCUUCAAAGCUCAGAGUAUGAACAAAACGUCUCUCUGAGGAAAAGACCAGUGAAAUGUCCAAUAUGUAACACUGAGAUAAAUCUGUGUCACUGUUUGGAGGAUGGAGAAAGUUUCAGAUGGAGCCCAGAAGAUACAAGAUUUCACAAAGGGGAGAAACACAAAUGCAUUAGCUCUGACCUUAAAGCACCUCAACCAAUGCAUUCUGAAGAGAAAAUCUGCAAGUGCAUAGAGUGUGGCAAGAGCUUCAAGGGAAGUCCAGAACUUAAAAGACAUCAAAGAAUACACACAGGAGAGAAAGCAUACAAAUGUCCUGAAUGUGGAAAGGCCUUCAGGCACAAUGCACACCUUCAAGUACAUCAGCGAAUUCAUACAGGAGAGAAACCCUAUGAAUGCAAAGAAUGUGGGAAAUGUUUCACUCAUCUCUCAACUAUUAAAGUACAUCAGCGCCAGCAUUCAGGGGAGAAACCAUAUUCUUGUAAAGAAUGUGGGAAAUGUUUCAGUAAUCCCUCAGCUUUUAAAGUACAUCAGCGCCGGCAUUCAGGGGAGAAACCAUAUUCUUGUAAAGAAUGUGGGAAAUGUUUCUCCCAGAACAGUGAUCUUCAAGUACACCAGCGAAUUCAUAUGGGAGAGAAACCCUAUAAAUGUGAGGACUGUGGACGGGCCUUCAGAUACAAUGAACAUCUUCAAGUACAUCAGCAAGUUCAUACAGGAGAGAAUCCCUACGAGUGUAAAGAAUGUGGGAGGAGUUUCAGCGAAAUUGCAAAUCUUGUAAUACAUGAACGAAUUCACUCCGGAUUAAAGCCCUAUAUAUGUAAAGAAUGUGGGAAAUGUUUCUCCCAGAACAGUGAUCUUCAAGUACACCAGCGAAUUCAUACGGGAGAGAAACCGUAUAAAUGUGAGGAAUGUGGACGGGCCUUCAGAUACAAUGAACAUCUUCAAGUACAUCAGCAAGUUCAUACAGGAGAGAAUCCCUACGAGUGUAAAGAAUUACGUCAGUACUGUCAUUCUGAGAAGAAGCCAUGUUCUUGUGAUGAAUGUGGGAAAUGCUUCUGCCAGAGCAGUGAUCUUAGCCUUCAGCAGCAAAUUCAUAUAGCAAAUAAAACCCAUCAGUGCAUUGAAUGUCGGAAAAAGUUCAGCUACAAGUCAAACCUUGUAGUACAUCAGCGAAUUCAUACAGGAGAGAAACCGGAGAAACCAUAUAAAUGUGAAGAGUGUGGGGAGAGCUUCCGCCAGAGCAAAGAUAUUGGAGAACACAGUGAGAAUCCUUUUGAAUGUCUAGAAUGUGGAGAAAGCUUCCAUU